UGACGUCCACCGGAAAGAGAGAGGACGCAAACGCAGCACGUAAAACAAAACAGAUGCCACCACAAAUCAGCAAUAGAGGACGUCAGCUAAACCAGCUUGCAGUACUCCCGGUUGGAGCGGAGCGGAGCGUGCAUUGUGUGAGAAGAGUGGAAAGGAAGGAACAGAGGACCACUGAACUAGACGGCCCUAGUUAGUUAGCUCCAACCAAGGUUAACCCAGUUAUUCCCUCAAUCCAAAAGGUUUCAAGAAAAAACGCUCCUCUGACACAGAAGGUCAGCUCACUAGGCGGCAGACAUCGCUAUGGCCCAGGAGACCAAUCAGAGCCCAGUUCCUAUGCUCUGUGCCACUGGCUGUGGUUUCUAUGGCAACCCUAGGACUAAUGGCAUGUGCUCUGUGUGCCACAAGGAGCACCUGUCAAGACAGAACAAUGGAGGAGUCAAUUCUUUAAGUGCUGUGGGCAGCAGCAGUGGCCCGACAGCUGAGGCUUCUGCCAUCCAGAGGUUAGAGGCCACUUUGAAUAAUGCUGCAGCUGCUGCAGUCGCCGCUGCAGAGGUGGCAGCUGAGGCAGCUGCCUCUGCUGAGGCCGUUGCCACCGAGGCUCUCAGUGGGGUUUCAACGGCCACUUCUGUAACACAACAGAUGACUGAGAUGAGGCUCUCCUGUGAGGAGAAAGGAACAUCAGGGAGUAAAGUGGAGCUCACAGAGCCAGUGGUGAGUCCGCCCACAGUCUCAGCCUCCCAUCCCUCCACUGAGUCCAAAAUCCCAGAGCCCCUGAAACCCAAGAAGAAUCGCUGCUUUAUGUGCCGCAAAAAGAUCGGCCUCACAGGUUUUGACUGCCGCUGUGGGAAUGUGUUCUGUGGACUUCACCGUUACUCAGAUAAGCACAACUGUCCGUACGACUACAAAGCUGAAGCUGCUGCCAAGAUUCGCAAAGAAAACCCUGUGGUUGUUGCUGACAAGAUCCAGAGAAUAUGAAGACUCUCAGUUUGACUUUGAAUACUGGAAGCGAUCGGAUUUAAAAAAAAAAAAAAAAUAGACUUGAGCCCAGCCUUCUUUGUGAAGGAUCUGUAUUCUUUUCUGGUUUGUAACACAUUCAGGACAUUUUUCCCCAGUGCAUGAAAGUUCACACAUAUUUUCAGCUCUGUCCUUGUUUUGGUGUGAGUCUAACACUUUUGGAGGGUUGUAUUGAACAAGCCAAUGGUGUACUGUAUAUGAGGAUGGGGCCUGGGUGGGAGUUUCUAUAUUAUGAGAAGUGACUGAGGGAGAUUGCUGAAGGAAAAAAAACACAUUUCACUUUUAGAAAUUGCUGUCCAGUCUGAUUGGUGAUUCUACUGAGAUCACUUGAACUCUGCCUGGAAAGUGCUCAGACAUUUUCGGGCUUUCGUUUGGACUCUCAGACUCUUACUGCUGUAUGCUGAUGGCACCAUCUCAGCCGUGCUUGCUCUCUGCUGGCUUGAGUAGCAAAAUGGAUAUCUCUUUUCUUUUCUUUCUUUUUUUUUUUUGGCCUCCACGUAACUCUGUGAGGUCAGAGUUAAACCCUCCUGAUAUGUCAGACUUUGCGUCCUGGUAAGUUAAUAUCAACCUGAAAUGCUUCUCUGUGCCGCCGGAAUCUCAUCCACUCUGGCCUGCCUGCAACACACAGCUCAGAUACUUAGCUAGAAAGACUUUGAAAAAGAGACUUUGUUGCAAGCCUUUUUCUUGCUGGCUCAUAUUCCUUCUCUCCUGCUGUGUGAGCGGCACUACGAACACGAUGUAGUUGGACUGUAUUUCUUUUUCUCCCAAUUAUCUCGGACUGAACGCUGUGACUCGCUCUGUGUCCCGGAUCUAGAUCUGGGCUGGCACAUGGAAUUCUGCUUUUUAGGUCUUUAAAACUAUCCACUGAAGUCACAUGAUGAUACAUGUCACCUGACUGUGAUGUUUUUUGUUUUUUUUUUUCCCCCCUUUUUUUUGUUUUGUUUUGUUGUUGUUUUCCAGAAAAGUGGUUUGUAUGCUAUGUGUUGUUGUAUGACAAGUAGUCUACACUUGUAUUAAUUUUGCCUUUGGAAUGGUUUUAGCUCCACUAAUAUUUUCAUCAUUUACUUCCUUAUUGAAUGUUUUCUUCUAUUUUUAACAUGGGCUGACACAUUUACAACAUCGGGAAUGUUGACUGCUGCAUACUGGAUCAAACACAGGUGUGUGUUUGUGGGAGUAGAUGUGGUUGGCUCGUGUGUGAGUGUCGUAUGAGGCUAAGUGGUUGUGUGCCGCGGUGAAUAAUGAGACCUGUGGACGUAGGUUAUUGAUAAUUUACCGUUUUUGAUGAUUUUCGGUCUGGCUGCUUAAUGUGUGUUUUGUUUUUUACCCUUUAGUUAUGCAAGUUUGUACAAACAUCUUUAUUUAUAUACUGCAGUGCGCGUAAUCUUCCAAUAAUACAGAAUAAAUUGUAUGAUGUAAAUAAAUUAUGUUC